AUGGAAAGUUCAUCAACCCAAAGCCAGUCUUCGGCACCACAAUCCUUCGUAUCCACGAAUCCCAAUCUCAUCGACACUAGUAGCGAAGCACGCGAACAUGAUGAGUCCAACGCUUCCUCUACCGACGACCGAAGCGAUCAUGACUCACGAGCCUCCGAAAUCCCGACACCAGAAGGCGAAACGUCCGGCACAUACACCCCCUCACAACUACUCAUGGCCAUAUUCGUCGCAGUGGUAGUCUUCCUCAUACUCGCAGUCUACCAGGGCAUCUUGUACAUUCCUGGUGCUCAUCCCAUCACCGCCGCGCUCGCCACGGUCUCGAUCUGUACCGCGAUCACUUCGCAACCCUCCUUCCUUGGUCGCUUCAUCUACCUCAUAUUGUACGCAAUCGGCUUCAUGGCUAAAAUCCUCCUCAUGCCAACGUGGUUCUGGCAGCUCAUCACCAAAACCAAGGCCCGCGGUCCCAAAGAAGAGUAG